UCAGCAACAGCUUGAUUCCUUGCCCGGGCUGCGUCUUCUUCAUGUACUGCGGCGAGGAGUGUCGGCAGAAGAGCUGGAAUCUGUGGCAUCAAUUCGAAUGUCCGGUAGCCCCGAAGCUGCGCAAUUUCUCCAACUUUAAUCUCCUGAGCACUCCACGUCAGUUUUUCUACGAUCUUUUCCUGUUCGAUGACAAUUUGGCCGAGCAGAAGCGGUUCGAGUUCGAGUUGGAUUACAGCAACCUGGACCGACGUGAGCUGAUCAGAAUUCUGCACAACACGGAAGCUCGUCGCAACCCGAUCGGAGAGUUGAACGGCUACUUGAAGGCAAAGCUGAUUUCUUACGGUUACUUCUUGGUGUUCCAAGCGAAUCCACUUAUGAUAACGGUCACCACUGGCCGUCGGAACUAUACGAUCCAAAACUUGAACAAGCUCGCUCGCCUAGCUACCACCCUGCUCUCAAACAACCGCGACUAUCUCGGGCGCAUCAUUUCCUGGAUCUUUCCGGCCAUCCCCGCCAACAUCCACAUGUGCGAUCCGAACGCGCACACGGCCUUCGAAUCCGGCCGCAUGAAGAUGGUGCUGCUACGACCGGUUCCUGCCGGCAAACCUUUCGUCGAGUUUUUCGGACCAAUCUAGUGGAGUUCCAACCCGGAACCGCGCUCCCCAGGAAUGCGCUGUAUUUGGAUUCUAGAUAAGCGUGGUUUGCCGGCGGCGACGCGGGUGCGAGAUCGACUCGGAGCGAAGCGUUUUUGUACGCCAACCAAACUAUUAACCAAGUGCUCUACAGGACGGUUGGGUUUCAGUGAAAGGACAGCGUGCACAGCACCAGCAAUCGGUGUGACGAUCAGGACCAGGCACUGCACAAACAGAGACGCAUUGACGUGGAGGUGAUUGUUCCGACGCCGGACUUUACCGGGUGGAAGGCAUCUGCACAUUCUGAGCAGGAUCCACGUGGGCUGUCUUUCGGCCACUCCGCCUACAUGCCGGAACAGAAUUGGUACCGUGUUACCAAACUCUUGCUGCUGGCCACAAUGAACACGAUGACCAGAUAACUUCCGGUGCAAGCAGUGAUCGGAGGCAAGCUACGCUGAUCGCAUCGCACGUGGUCCGUGAGUAGGACUCGGUCAAGCAUGUUGGCCUGCGAAAAAUCAAGUCUUCUAAGCUUUCGCGCCCGGACAUCAACGAUAGAUACGACCGUGGCAAGAGUAUCCUGAAACAGCACGCCAGCACAAUUAGAACCUGAAGUUUACGAAGAAGCCGCGCAGAGGAGCAUUGUGAAAUUUAUUUUGGAACCGCUGAGCAAGCUGUUGAUGCAGGUCGUCGGGGAUGUGGAUACCCUGGCCAAUGCUGAAAAUUCUCGUGACAAAGGAGGAGAUCAAGUACAUUAUAAGGCCGCUGUUGAGGUUGAUUUAUAUUCGGUUCAUUGGUGAUUUUUAUGGGUUUGUGGACAUGUGCGUUGAACACGCAAGAUUGGCCAAAUUUACACGGAAUCUGCCAGGACAUGCUGAGCUGUGACCAGAACGCGCAGUUGAUGGUGCACAGCUCGAAGAUUGUACGUUUUUCCAGAUGUUGGCGCGGAAUAUGA